AUGAUGAACAACAGCGACUUCUUCAUUGGGGGUUUCGUUGGUGUAGCACUCUUAUACGCCAUCGCUUCAAUUGUGCGAUUCUCUUUGCUGUCCCUUGCGCCUAAGAAUUUUCCUCCCGGGCCACCUACACUGCCCUUUAUCGGCAAUGUGCACCAUUUCGCUUCGAACAAGCUUCACAUAAAAUUCACCGAAUGGCGAAAAACCUAUGGCGAUAUCGUGGGACUCAAGGCCGGACCUGCCAACAUUGUUGUCCUGAACAGUGCUGAAGUCACUCGGGAGCUGCUUGAGAAACGAGGAAAUAUAUACUCUGGUCGGCCCACAGACUACAUAUUUCGAGAACACAUCGUCCAUGGUGCACAACAUAUUCUCUUCUCGCAGAACGAUGCGUACUUGAAGCGGUGGCGUUCUGCAGUGAGGUACUUGCUUGGGCCUGCCGGCACUGAGCAAGCUCUACCAUUACAGAAUGCGACUGCAGCAUGUCUAGCAUACAACCUGGUUUUGACGCCUAAGAUGUUCCAGGACCAUCUGCACAAUUGGGGCCUGGGAACACCGUUAAGCGCAAUAUGUGGCCAUCGAGGAGCACAGAAAGACAAAAACCUCAUCAAGCUGUUCUACGGCAACCAGAAGAAUUGGUUGGAGCUGUUGAAUCCCGGAUCUGCUCCUCCGGUCGGCAUGUUGCCGUUCCUGAAAUACGUGCCCGAGUUUCUAGCCAGGUGGAAGGGCCAAGCGAAAGAGUUGCGCAAGAACCAGCUGGGUUUCUACUACAUGAUGUUGAACUCCGCUAAAGAUGAGCUUGAGCGUAAUAAAAACCGAGAAAACGACAGGCCUGAUGGUUUCGUGUCGUUGAUGGAGAGGCUUCUGCAAGAGCAAGGAGAAAAGGGAGGAUUUGAUGAUCAUCAGCUUGCGUACCUCGGGGGUGGCUUGCUCGAUGCUGCAGUCGAUACUACAUACCUCAGUGCCCUUACUUUUAUCAAAGCAUUGGGUGCUCAUCCUGAGAUUUUGAAGCGUGCGCAGGCCGAGGUGGACAAUUUCUCUUCCGCAAGCCAGCCACCCCGAUUGAAGGAUCUGGAGAAGCUGCAGUAUCUGAAGGCGUGCUUUUUCGAGGUCCUGCGCUGGCGCCCAGUAGCCGCUGUCAACCUGCCGCACACCCUGGAUGUCGACGACAUCUUUCGCGGCUACCACAUCCCCAAAGGAACAGUGGUGUUGCAAAAUAUCUGGGCCGACUCUCACGACCCUUCGAUCUACCCAUCACCAUCCACAUUUGAUCCCGAGCGCUACCUCACCAACCCCUACGGAACACAGAUGUCAGCAGAAGCCUGUCAGGCCGAAGGCAGGAAGAUAUCCUACGCUUUUGGCAGCGGCCGACGCCAGUGUCCUGGUAAUGUCUUUGCGCAGAAUGGGUUUUUGGCCAUGGCAGCCAAACUCGUCUGGGCUUUCGAUGUUGUGGCGAAAGAGCCGUUGGAUCUGAGUGUCGAGACAGGAUUUCAUGGUGGACUUCUGUUGGGAUCUGAGCCAUUUGAGGUUGAUUUCGUGCCAAGAAGUGAGGCACGGAGACAGGCUAUCAUCGAAGAUUUUGAGAAGACAAGGAACUGGUUAGAUUGA